UUACAACAGCCCACUGUCACCAUAAUGACAGUAACACAUUCAGGACUUUAGUAGAACUGCACGAAAAUAGCUGCUUCCUCAAAUCUCUCUACACAAGACAGUGAGAAGACAUAUAUACCACCCAGCUGUCAGUGGGAAAUUCACUGUCCGCUCAAGCAACAAAAAGGACCUCGUACUUCAAAUAUGAAUAUGAUAUUGACCAGCAUGAUCAUUGCAGCUGUGACAACCGCUCCUCUGGCACAAGGGUUUUUGGACUGUAAUCUAACUCAACCUAUAUCCCAUAAGUGUUUUGGAAUAUUGGGACAACCACUCAUGUUUUACUUACCUACUAGUCUAAACACAAAGACCAGAUUGGAGAAGAAUACAGAUAUUAUUUUAAAGUUAGCAAAUUACUCCUUACUAAAUAUAAAUGAAAAAUACAGGAGUCGUUCUACAUUCUUCACAAAUGGAACAUUUAUGCUGAGAAGUGCAACAAAAAAUGAUUCUGGAGGGUACAAGAUGGAAAAACACACAUCUGAUGGUGUGUUAUUGCACACAAUAAUUGUAGAAUUGGACAUACUAGCCCCUGUGUCAGAACCAGCUAUAUCACAGACGUGUUUGUCACCAGAACAGAAGACAGUGAGCUGCUUCUCUGAAGGAGAUGAAGUAGAGUUCACUUUGUCGUUGCAUGAUAACUCACUGAUACAGACCAGACCCAAGAAAACAGACAAACACAACGUUUCAAACAUUGCCAUCAGCUUACAUGGUCAGAUGAUGGGAGACUUGACAUGUAUUGUUCAAAACAAUGUCAGCAGAGCACAAACAGUCGUCCACCUUAGAAGCUGUAAAGAUACAGUUUCUCACCUCUCUGUUGUGAAUGUGGUUGUGGUGACAAGCAUUUCCAUUCUACUUCUGGUUUUGGCCCUAUUUCUUGGUAUGAAAUGUUUCAAUAAGACAACUAACUCUAUCACCGUUAAUGAAGUUGAUGCAGAAGAGGAGGUAGUCUACUCAGAUGUCAGAGUGAAGCAACAAACAAAGUAAACAACAACCACUUCACAUCAAAAUGCAAAUUAAUUUUCUAAUGAAACAUGAGAAAAUUAAAUUACAUAUAUUUUCUCUGUACAUAGCAAAUGCUUAAGGUUAAACCCUAAAUCCGUUGCAUGCAAAAUAUCGCUGGGUGAAAUACUAACCCCAAGUUGCUCUGUGAUGCAUUGUAGUAUGAAUCUUGUGAAUGAAAAGUGCUGUGUGUGAAUGAGGCAACUUGUAUAAAGUGAUGUGAUAGAGUAGAAAAGUGCUAUAUAAGAACCAGUACAUUUACCUU